AUGCUCGAGGAAAACUUAGAGACGGAUGAUAUUCAAGGGGCGGAGAAAGAUAUAGAAUCAAGCGAAGAGAUACGUGACAGUUUGAAGGUGAAGAUUCAUAUAAAGGCGGAGGGCUGUUCAGAAUUAAGGUGGAGUUCAGAGGCGGAGGAAAAUUCCGAUAGUGAUGAACAUUCGACAGCAGAAGAGUAUCCGACAGCAGAACAGUGUUUGGAAGCAAAAGAGUGUCCAUAUAUGAGUGAGAAUUCAGAAACAGGAGAGCAUCUAAAUCUGGAUGGGUAUUCAGAGACUGGGUCGAGAAUAUGGGAUAACGUAAUUAGAAUGCGUAACGUAGCUCUGAUAUUGAAAGACUUGAGACUGUAUGAUGAUGCAGAAGAGUUAUUUCUGCAAUUGAUACGGACAAGAAAACAACUACAAGGGGUCGAACACCCACAAACACUAAUCAGUAUAGCUGAUCUGCAGUUAUAUUAUCGAGAGCGAGGACUCUUGGGAGAGACAGAAGAGUUAGAAGCAAUGAAGCAUCUCCUUGAAACAGGAGAAAGUUCUGCUCAAGUUUCAAAAGAAGAGAUGGUCGAGAUUGCAUCAUUAGAAUCUUGCAGCGCAAUGAUACUCUCACCUCGAGCGGAGAAUGGGCCAAGUCCCAAUCACGGAAGAGGUAGUGAAAAAGGUAGCUGCCAGAAUGUACUACGACGGACUUGA